UUUCGUAAAUAAUGCAAACCAGAAGGGCACUGUACAGGUGCACGUUCAUAUAAAUAACGGAAAAUCUCCCUUCCUUCUCUGUCGCAUCUUCCUUCUGGUAAUUUAUAGCCGAAGAAUUAAAAGGUUUUGCAGCAUGGAGAAUAUUCACAGCUUCUGGCAACUGGGUGAUGAUCUCCGAGGACAAUCAAAAGUGUCGGAGGACCACAAAUGGUUUAUGGCUGCUUCAAGAUUGGCCGAUCAGACUAGGUUUAAGGUUGAACGAAGGAUCAACCUUGAUCUCUCAAAAGGUCCUGCAGAGUUGAGGUCCAUGGAUAAUGUGGGAUAUCAAGAAGACAAUCGGUUUGAAAAUUUUAACUUCAACAUGCUAAACCUGGACAACAAGUUGAACGACAAUGUUAGCAAAAGUUCCCUUAGGAAAGGUAUUUACAAUAUGAACACAGUUUAUCAGAACCCAAAUGUCAACCCCUUGGGAAAUGUUUCUGGGAGCAAGUAUAGCAGUAACAACCCCAUCAAAGAGUCAAACAACAACUGCAACAUUACUAAUGGUAAGGAUGAUGGGAUGAACGCAAGCAAUGCUACUGACAAAAGGUUUAAAACCUUGCCUGCAGCUGAGAUGCUCCCAAGGAAUGAGGUCCUUGGUGGAUACAUUUUUGUCUGCAACAAUGACACUAUGCAGGAAGAUUUGAAGAGACAACUCUUUGGUUUGCCACCAAGAUACAGAGAUUCUGUGAGGGCUAUAACCCCCGGUUUACCUUUGUUUCUCUACAACUACACCACUCAUCAACUGCAUGGUAUUUUUGAGGCAGCAAGUUUUGGGGGUUCUAACAUUGAUCCCACUGCUUGGGAAGAUAAAAAGUGCAAAGGUGAAUCAAGGUUCCCUGCUCAGGUGAGAACCUGUAUAAGGAAACUUUGCAAGCCUUUGGAGGAAGAUGCUUUUAGGCCAGUCUUGCAUCAUUAUGAUGGCCCCAAGUUCCGUCUUGAGCUUUCCAUACCUGAGACCUUGGAUUUGAUGGAUCUGUGCGAACAAGCUGGCGUUUGAGUCUUUCCUGCUAACAGUACUCCCAGCUAGGCAAUAAGCAAUUGUACGAUGUGUGUGUAUAUGCUGUAGUUUUGGUGGAGGCAUCUGGUGUGGUUUCCACAGAUUUUCCAUGGAGCGCAAGCUUGGGAGGUGAAUCUGGUUGUGAGUUAUUCUAAGUUGUAGGAUUGUUGUUGACUGUAACUGGAACACACAGUUAAUGGGUUUGUUGGUGUAGUCUCUCUCGCUGCAUCAUUUUUAUUGUAAUCUUACAAGCUUUGUGCGGUGCCAUGUAUGCGUGAUAAAGCCAAGUUUUUGUGUGUAUGCAUAUGGAUGCCACUGCGUUUUGCAGUUUGCUCUCGUGCUUUUUACAUAUGUUCCGACUCUGGCAUAUAAAGUGUAUUCCCUUGAAAUGAAAACAUAACUUACAUUUUAAGUUCUAA